AUGCCACCAAAACAGCCAGAGCCGCUUCCCAUGAACAGUGGCCGCCUUGACAGGCGACAGCAAGGCCCCGCGCCCCCUCGUCGUGCCCCAUUACCUCCUCGCUCUUCGUCUUCUGCUACUCGGCCGCUUGGUGCUGGGCCUAUACCAGAACAUGUGAAAGCGAGAACACUAUGGCAGUCGUACCAGUCAUUGACGCCCAAAGCCAGGAUCGGAUUCGGAGUCGUCGUGGGCCUCGUGGGGAUCGGAGGGAUGGUGUGGGAUCGGCAGGUGCUCCAGGAUGAGCCCGCGAAAGAACAAAAACCACUCAUCAAUAUGAGAAUGGUUGACAGGCCUGCAAAGUAG